AUGAAGAUCACUUUCAAGGACCUGAAGCAGCAGAAGUUCUCGCUCGAUGCCGAGCCGACUGAUCUGAUAUCGUCCCUCAAGGAGAAGAUUUCGGCCGAAAAGGGCUGGGACCCCAAGCAUCAGAAGCUCAUCUACUCUGGCAAAAUCCUGAAAGAUGAUGAGACUGUGGCUUCUUAUAACAUCGAGGAGAAGGGGUACGUUGUCUGUAUGGUGAACAAGCCCAAGGAGAAGCCCGCAGCCGCACCAUCCAACGUUCAUGCCACACCAGCUCAGGCUGCCGCCUCUACUCCUGCUGUUCCUCCUGCUCCAUCGCACUCCUCAUCCGCCACCACCGCAGUUCCUUCCACGCCGACUCCACAGCGCAGCACGGAGGCACCCAGCGGCGCCCCUUCGGGUUUGGCCAUGGGGCCUGAGCGUACCGAGGCCAUUGCGAAUAUGGAGGCUAUGGGAUUCGAGAGGAGUCAGAUCGAGGCAGCGAUGCGCGCUGCAUUCAACAAUCCCGACCGCGCUGUCGAGUAUCUUCUGACUGGAAUUCCCGACAACAUCCAACAAGAGCCGCAGCAGAGGCAGGCUGCCGCCGCCCCUCAGGCUCCCCCAGCUGCCUCUGCUCCUUCCGCGCAGGGUGGCGAGGGAGGAAACGUAAAUCUUUUCGAUCUCGCUGCGCAACAAGGAGGCACCGAGCGAUCGGCAUCCUCGAAUCCUUCUGCCACAGCCCAAGCUGGUGAUCUUGGUAACUUGGAUUUCCUCCGAAACAAUGCACAGUUUCAACAGCUGCGACAAGUAGUCCAGCAGCAACCUCAGAUGCUGGAGCCCAUCCUGCAACAGCUCGGCGCUGGAAACCCUCAACUGGCUCAACUGAUCGCCUCCAACCCAGAUCAGUUCCUCCAGCUCCUCGGCGAGGAUGCCGACGAUGACGUUCCUCUCCCCCCCGGUGCUCAGGCUAUUUCCGUUACCGAGGAGGAACGGGACGCGAUCGAGAGGUUAUGCCGACUCGGCUUUGACCGCGACCAGGCCAUCCAGGCCUACUUCGCUUGCGAUAAGAACGAGGAGUUAGCCGCCAACUUCCUCUUCGACCAACCCGAUGAUGAUGAUCAACCCCCUACCAAUUAA